AUGCCGCUCGACUACCUCCGCAAAGUCGACAACCAGUCGCCCCAGCCCGAGGCCGUGGCCGCGAGACCCCCUGCCCAGACGAGCCCGGCUCGCGCUGGCGGCAUAUCGGCCUUCAAGGCCGUCUCGAUUGCACUCGUGUCCAUUGUCGUGCUGCCCGCCAUCAUCUACCUCCCCUGGAUCCUCGCCCUGCUGAGGCCCACGAGCAACCUGCCAGACUUCUGGGUGCGACCCUCAAUCAAGCUGCCGCACGCCGCGGCGGGUGCAGAGGCGGUCGAUGUCGAGCAGCUGGGCGAGCCGACCUGCCUCAAUGCCCACGCCACGGCCGUGGACCCCUACCACCGCUCCCCGCCCUACCACGAGUGGGACCGCAAGGUGCAGGCCACGCAGUUUUGCGAGGAUGCCGAGAUCGUCCACACGCACGGCAUCGUCGUCGUCUCUUGCGACCCGGGACGGGCCGAGUGGAACACGGUCAUGGGCCCGCUCAAGAACGUCAAGCCCCGCGGUGCGCUGUGGGUCUACGACUUCGCCAACGUCGACGGCAGUGCCUCCGCCCCUCCUCCAGCAGAUGCGCUCGAGAUCGUGCAUCUGGUGGGCUUCCCGGACCGCCUCGACUUUCACCCGCUCGGCAUCUCAAUCCUCGAAGAAGACGGCACCGCCAAGGCCGCAGGCGCAGGCAAGGCAGCAUCGCCGCCGCUGCGCCUCUUUGUCGUCAACCACCAGCGGCUGCGGAGCACGGUCGAGGUGUUCGACCUCGAAAAGGAGCCGCGCGGCUGGGUCGCGACCUAUGUCCGAUCGAUCGUCGAUCCCGUCGCGACGCACACGCCAAACUCGGUGCAGGCGCUCAGCCGCGACUCGUUCCUCGUGACCCAGGACCACUUCUUUGCCCGUCGCGCUGCGCCCGCGGACCAGCUCGCCCUGACGUACGCCCAGGCUCUGCCGCUCCCCGCCUUGGCCUCGCGCCUCGUCGCGCCGCUGCUGGCCAGCAUCGCCUCGCCCCGCUCCGUCUCCGCCCUGCUCGCGCCUAUUGAGACGUUCCUCGGCCUGCCGCUGUCGUGGGUGGCACACGUCGAGUUUGACGCGGGCCAGGGCAGGAUCGAUGGUGUCGCUGCGCCGGACCCCGACGAUGUGGCCGCACUGGUGCAGCAGGAGCGUUCCGACGCCGAGACGGCAUCGCAGGGCGUCUCGUCGAGCAUCAUCGCCGAUCGCAUCCCGUUCGCCAACGGCCUCGCCCUCAGCCCAAAGCGAUCGACCAUGGUCGUCGCCUCUUCGACGCACCCGGGCGUCUUUCUGUACGACCUGGGACCGCCGCCGCCUCCACCUCCGUCGUCUCUCGCGCCCAAGCAGGCCAAGAAGCCAUUCAAGAGCGGCAGAACGGCGAACAUCAAGCCAAAGAUGAACUGGACCAGGCGCGACCACGUCCGGUUGAGGGAAAAGGUGCACGCUCCGUACGUCGUCGACAAUCUGUCGUUUGGACCCGUCGAGGCAGCAUCCUCGUCGUCGUCGUCGUCGUCGUCGUCCCUCCUUAGCGGCGCCGUGCCGGGCGAGGGGGAUGGGGAGGGAGGGGCCAAGAAGACGAGCGGUGCAAGUGCACCGCCGCGCGAUCCGUUCGAUGGGGCCGCGCUGAUCCUGGCGGGUCAUCCGGAUGCGUUUGCCCUCAUGCGCCUGGCCAAGGUGGCGGGCGACGCGCUGCGCGGGGGGCGUGCGCUCGCGCCGUCGUGGGCGGUCGCGAUGCGGCCGUCGCAGUCGUACUUCCUGGGCCAGGACAAGUACCACCUCUCGUCGCUCAUGACCAACCUCGAGCACGAUCGCGACGCACCCGUCGCCGCCAACCGGCGCGUGCUCACCCACGAUCCGCACUGGCGCCUCGUCUCGCUCCUGCAGAGCAGCGGAGAGUAUGUCGACUUCUCCGAGUCGAGCACGGGCGCACGCGGCGACGAGGAUACAGCACCGCCCACAUCGACGACGGCGACGACGAUAACCGUGGGCCUGAAGAGUUCCACCACGGCCGUGUGGAACCGUGGCUUUCUCCUCGUCACCGGCCUCUACGCCAAGGAAAUUCUCGUCUGCACCAACGUGGCGAGGGAGAUCGUCGCCUCCUAG